AUGCGGCGGCUUGCAGACGGAGACUGUGGUACGCCACUGCACACAGGCAUCGAUGUUAAAGCAGACAGCUCAUGCUCUUCGAAGGGAGUGGACGCUGAAUGUUCUCGCAAGAUAAGUGUGGCUAAACUUCAACAACGGAUUCGGUCACAUACACCACUAUAUCGUCGCGACGAAUAUGUGGACAAAGUCAAGCGGGCACUUACGCCCCUAGAGGUAUCUCACGGAGCACUGUUUGAAAGUGUCGUUAUCCAUGGGAGCGAAGGCGCUGGAAAGCGUACGAUCGCUAUCCAAGCGGCAAAUGAGAUAUGUGCUCAGGAUGGAAGAACCCUGCUCAUCAUCAACGGGAAGAACUUCGAAACGUUCAUUCCUUCCUACCUGGAGACAUUUCAGACAUUGACGGGAUCGUAUCUCCCAGCAGCAGAGCAUUGGUUCUACUCCUUGUACAAUUUGAAGCACUAUCUCGACCGACACCGGACAGAAUGGCUCAUGGUGAUUACGGAUGUUGGCAUGUAUCUCGAUAAUGAGCUCGAUGGCCCAGGGAGACCCCUAGCAUGGUUUCUUCCGACUCGCGGACAAAUCAUCAUGACGUCCUCGUCCCUAAUCGAAGAUUGCCUACGUGCUGCGGCCAACGCAACAAGUAUUCGGUUACGAUGGCUUGGUGAUGCUGAUAUGCAACGAUUCGCGCGCUAUCUUUGGCCCGGCUUCGACGACACAAGUGUCUAUGAACGUUUGAUGGGACUGUCAGGCAACAUGCCACUCUCGUUCGCGAUCAUUGCUGCGAAUCUGAAGUUGCUGGACGUUAACCUUCAGACUUAUGUCAGGAUUUUCGAGACCAGACUGGCAGAUCGGAAGGCAGCGUCACGGAAGGCUGACUUUUGCCAGUUCGAUCUAGAGGAUAAUGUGCACAGAGAGAUCUUGUGGGAUGCCCUUGGAGAUCGCGACCGUUGGUCUCUCCGGCUGAUUGCAGCUAUGUCCUUCUUGGACCCAUGGAGCAUCCCGAUUGAUAUCAUCGAGAACAUGUCGGUGUUCAGAAACACAAUCAGUGAUCGAGUGGCGCCAUCUCUAUCUCUGCUAGAAAGUCUUGGAAUAGCAAACGUGGUUGAGAACCACGUCUGGAUCCACCCUACACUGCAUGCGUGGUUUCGAUCACAUGUCUGGCUGAGAUAUUCCUGGCACGAGUGGCUUGUGCUCAGAAGUGCUAUGGCAGAGAGUAUCCUACAGCGGCUGAAGACGAGGUCCACAGAUGGAUUUUAUUCUUGCUGGUCCCUUGGUCCUCACAUCUACGAGUUCAGCGACAUGGUGCGGAAGCACCCCGGAAAUGCUGACGUGAAGCUCCUCAACUUUAUGUCCUUCGUCGCAGAUGUUGCGGUGUUUCGAGCUCAGAUCCUCAAGCAUGGUCAGACUUGUAUCUAUCAUGCCCAGGAUAUGGCCUCUCACCCCGGGAGCCGGCCAGUACUUGAGCGAACCGCUUUGAACGAGUACAAUUAUGCACACGCCCGCUUUAGGCUCGCUCACACGAUGGUUCAUGCAGACGGUCCAGCGGACUACUCAAGAGCAGCGGUCGAGCUUCGUGGAGCGAAGCACUACGUGCAGCUGCUCAAAAAUGACACCCGCUACCACAAACUUCUCGAGCAUUCUUGGUUGAUUGAGACUCAGGUCAUGUUUGGGCAAGGCUUGUACCAUGCUCUUGAAGACUUCAUCUUAGGUAUCCUCUGCGGAACAUCCCCUAUCUCUGAACGUACCAGGACGCGUUUGUAUCAUAUGAUGGCCCGUACAAUGGAAGAACAAGGUCAGCCUUCGCCAGCUCUACAGUAUUCUCACGAAGCCAUGAGCUACUGGUACCAUUAUCGGCAUGAUGAGAAAAGCCCGACGAAGAGGCGGAGGGCUGCUCUCAUCAUCGACACUCAUAUCGACUUGUUGAUCAAAAGGAAGAAGUAUCGGGGAGCAUUGCUGUUCAUUCUACCGCUGCUUGAGUCGAAGUUGAACCAUUCACCUCAGCAUCCUUGCAGCGUAUGGAAGUUGGCGCGGCAGGGCGUCCUCUGCUACGGGAUGCUACUCAACGUGGUUGAGGCAGAGCAGUUGAUUUAUCGUCUUCUCGAUUCGCAUCGCGAUGGCGGUUUGAAAGAAGGAGUCCAUGAGGAAAUUGCUUACGACAUUGAAGAUGAGAGCGUUUUCUAUUACUUUGACAUGUUGGUUCGCCUUGCAGGUCUGUACAUUAAGCAUGGUCGCAUCAUUGAAGCAGAUGGAUUACUGAGGUAUUCGAUAGGAGUCGGUCUGCCCAGAAUGGCAACGUUAGGCCAUGUGUUGAACACGUGGUGGCAGGAUCUAAUGAUCUGCCUCUGGCUGCGGAACGACCAGAAUUCGCUCGAGAAGCUGGCUGUGGAAUAUCGAGAUGCAUACGACUGGAACUUCUCCAUUCGUGAUAUUGAAGGCUACAUGCUCGGCGUCGAAGAUGCAUCGAGAGUGUACCAACAAGCCAUGUGGGCCGCAGAAGAUGGCUGGCUGGACGAGUGGAACAGCAGCUAUCUGGACAUGAACGGUCGCAAAUUCCAGUAUGCUAGUGCUCUUAGGCUUUUCGGUGACCCUGCGGACCGGCUUGCCCAGGGCCGCGACGCGUGUUGGAUCGAUCUCGACUUUGGGGCGGCUCAAGCUAAGAGGAACAAGUUGCUGCACUUGAUUGGUUUCGACGUGGUUGAUCUCACAUUCGUCUCCAAGCUGGCUUCCCUUCCUCCAGGCGAGUACAGGGAUACUGCACUGGACGUCGAGCGUGGGGCAGUGUUUCCCAAUCCUGGGCGAAUUCCUAGGUUAAGUCCUCCAUACGAGGCACGUACUGGUUGUGACCCUGAGCUCGAGCCUAAAGCAGAAGUGUUCGACUUCGAUGCGUUUCUGAAGGACCCUGCUCGUGUACCGGAUGUUGUCGACGACGCAGAUCACCAGUCAGAUACUGACCCUGUCCAUGGAGAGCCAGCGCAAGGUCAUUCUGGAGCAGCAGAGAAUCCGGAUGCUCACACCACGAACUCCGUCGACAAUGCCACGUCGACCACUGACACGGCUCACGAGGAGGAUGAAAAAGCUUCCGCGUCCAAAUCUCCGCCCUCCUUGAAUAAAACAGAGCCUGUGCCAUUAUCCUCGAAAGAGAAAAAGAAGAACAAGUCCAAGUAUAGUGCCCACGUCAAAGGCAAAACGCCGCCUUGGCUGGAUGAUUUGUCCACGCCGAACUCGACAGAAUCACCACAGCGAUGGAAGCACAAAGACCCACGCUCCGAGAACGACGCCCACACCUUCAAGCUGCAUAUCCUCGAGAUGUGGGUGACGACUCACCAUCAAUACACUCUGCCCGAGUACUGGAAAUGGUGCUACUGCCGCCGGCAUCGCUCUCGAUCCGGCAGCAUCAAUCCUGUCGACAUUAUUGACAAGCGUUUUCUUCGACAGAUGGCGGAGCGCGAUGAAAGAGAGACUCAGUCGAGACUUGUACAGAAGAAAAUCACCGAUUGCUUCCUAAUACUACCACCUGAGCCGAAGCCGCUUCCGGAAGGGUGCCACAAGGACUGUCCAUGCCAUGAGGCAAACAGGGCUGGUCUGGAAGAGUGGGAGACGCAGCAAAAGUGGCUGGUAACGUGGCCAGAAGACGACCCUGUACCGGACCAGGUGCCAUACUGGCCAAGCGAGAUAUACACUGGUCCGGACAAGCGGUCGAAACAUCGUUUCGUCAAGCCUCACCGCCCACCACCCACACUGCUGCCCAACGAGGUCUUCAUUCUCGAAUGGCGGCCGCGGCAGACGGACACAAUUAUACUCACGCCUCCUCCAAGUAGUCCUGAGCCGGCCAGCGUCGACCUUGAAGAAAGUCGUUCGACCAAAUCAUCACAAGAGUCGGCCUCACAACGUCUACGCCGCCUUCGUCGUAUGCGUAGUCGGUCCGACUCGCCUCCCAUGAUCUCAUCUGCAAAGAACUUCCACAACCUUGCCUCGCUGGAGCACCCGAAUGCCAACCUCCGAAGACCUCGCAUUUCUAGAUUUCGCUACCCACGACCGCCACCGCGGUGUCCGGUGCCUGGCGGCACGUGGACGUGGAAACAGUCUGAGCUUUAUGAGGGAGACCAGGCUGGCCAGAACUACUUGCUAAAAGUGCCUCUUUCCGGGCCAAUCACGAUAAGCAUCACGCUUGCGGAAGAUCAGUGGGCGUUGCCUGGUACGAAAGCAGCGAAGCAGUGGUACUGGAAGGAUGUUGGAAAGCAUUGGUAUUGGAAGGAUGUCGAACUCCAGGAGGUCCGCCUUGUGCCGGAGGAAUUGCAAAACUCUACUCCGGACGAGGCACUCGAUAUGAAAGUGCUGACAAAAAGGAAGGAGUUUAUCUAUGAAUAUUUUCCUCGGGAGCACAGGUUCUGUGGGAAGGUGUUGAUAGACCAAGAAUGGCAGCUGGAGUGGGUGCAUCCAAAGUCGUGCGAAGCGAUUGAGGAGAUCGUCACUGAGGACAACCCUAGUUGGCUUGAUGACAUACUUGCGAUGGGUGUGGGAAGUCGUAGGCCGAUGGAUUGGUGGCAUGUGCCAAGCUCGAGAAUGGCUAGCGUUCAAAUUGGGGAGAAGUUUGAAAGGGUGCGGGUGGAUAUGAGAUUGUCAGCGAAUGAGAUAGUGGUUCAUGAUCUUCCCGGACAAGAAGUGAUGAUUGAGGAAGCGGUGGUUCCGAAGGUGGAUGCCGAGGACAACGACCGAAGGCAGAAGGGGAGAUCCCAGGAGAUGAUCUGGUGGAGGAAGAACAUCAGACCCCGGCAGCAGACCAAGGUGUCGCCUGUAGCAACGAAGGUGCGAUCGAAUUCGAAGCAGGAGCCUGCUGAUGAUGCCUUAUGGAUGCCUACUAAAGUCGACAAGGGCAAGGGCAGGGCAACGGGCUGGUGA